AUGUAUCGUGUUUAUCAAAUUAUUGUCGUUUUGUUAUAUGGAUCGUAUGUGUUCGCUAAAAAUUCAAGUUGCACGUUGAAUCGGGGUGGUCGUCUAAAAGCCUACUUACUAAAAUAUUGCCCGGUCACCGAAGAAGAGGAAUGUGUAGAUGAUACUCUGGACAAUUUGUCAGCAAUUCGCUAUCGAUGUUUUAAUUUUGAGGCUUCAACGAAUAAUUCAAAUAUGACGGUUCACUUACUGCAUGCUACCGAGAUGAUGGCCUUAUUACGACUGAAAGAAACGGAGGCAAAACGAAAGUCUUCAUGCAUCCUUAGUUUGUUCUACGCACCAGAGUGUCAAUUUUCUGCCAGACUCGCUCCAUAUUUCAAUGCUCUUCCGUAUCGAUUUCCACGGUUAACGGUUGUAGCGAUCGAUGCCACGGAUUUUAGCAAAUUCAAUUCACGGUAUGGAAUUACGGGAACUCCAACCGUGAUAUUAUGGGUCAAUGGAAUGGCCGUGGCUAGGAUGGAUGAUCGACCGUUAAAUUCCAAAGGUCUCGACGGGUUUAUUAAACAUUGGACAGAUUUGGAGCCACGAGCGCUACCUUCUGAACCAAUAACGCCUGGUCCUUUGUUGCUGGAAGUCGAUCCAAGUGUCAAUUUUAAAUACGUUGUUUUAUCAUGGAUUAUACUUUUUUCAGGUUCCGCAUAUUACUAUUUCAAUUCCGCUUUUGGACAAAGACUAAAUAACAAUCUUCAGCGCGGCCACUUCACUCCCACAAUCACAAAGAACUUCUUAUGCUCCGUUAAAGAGUCAAAUCAAAACAAUAUUGUGUGCUUUCGGAUUUUGCCAAAUGACGCUAUGACAAAUAGAGAAUCAACGCUGCCAUAUGAACGCAUGGUCGAUCCAGAAGAACCACAGCCGUCAGAAGAAAUUUCUCCUGCUGAGUUACCACAUAACAACUGGGGAAACAAUAGUCAAAUACAAGGAGCAGAAGCGUCCUCUACAACUCGGCGCAAUCCAUGUGGGUACGGAGGAGCGACGUCGUCUGGCAGUCAAACGGAUGAGGAGAGUAUCGAUGAUGGGAAUGGAACAACACCGUUACUUGGGGCGGGACCAUCAUCAUCUGGAGAUGUCCGUGUCGAUAUGCCCAAUGAAGACAAGCCUGCGAGCCCACAUGACCGAUUUCCAAAAGAAAAGACGAAAACGAUACUUUCCUGCAUCUUGGUCGUGUUUUCUGGAUUCCUCAACACUCUAACUUUAUCGUUUGUUCAUGAACUGUUGCCGGAUCAACCGCCUUUACCAGACGUUGGAUUUCGUCACACGACCUACUAUGCUUUGGGGUUGAAUAUAUGUGAAUAUCUGAUGCUGGGCUCGUUUAUAUCAGUUUUGGUCCUCAUCCUUUUUCACAGACAUCGAUGGAUUGUCCUACGUAGGCUUGCUUUUAUUGGUUCGAUUCUCUAUUUGUGUCGGUGCAUUACGAUGUAUUCAACGAUUGUCCCAAAAGCCGACCCAAAUUACUACUGUUCACCAAAAUUGGGCGAAAAUGCAACAUUUUGGUUGAUUUCAAGACGUGCAAUUGAAGUAAUGGCUGGAAUGGGGCUUAAUCUCUUUGGAAAGCACUCGCUUUGUGGUGACUAUAUCUACUCAGGCCAUACAAUAGUGCUAACCAUCUCAGCAUUAUUUAUUGGCGAAUAUACACCACGUCGAUGGAAGAUUGUUCACCUUGCAUCAUGGUUGAUUGCGAUAGCUGGAAUGGUUUUGCUUAUAAUUUCGAGGGGGCAUUACACAAUCGAUGUCAUUCUAUCGUAUUUCAUCUGCACACGAGUAUUUUGGUCUUAUCACACGCUAGCUGCUCAUCCAACCUUAAAAACAUCAUCUAACAGUCAUCUAAGAAAAGAAUGGUGGUUCAUUUUCUUUCGUUACAUCGAGGGCAGUGUUGUGAAGCCAAUACCACGAAGAUACGACAUCCCAAUUCCUUUACCUCGGAAGGUGGCCGCUUUUCUCCGAAGACAAAAAGCUAAUGUUCAA